AUGGCGCAGAUCGUGUUCCUGACUGUGAUGUACGGCUACGUACUUUUUCAGGCUUCCAACCUCAUCAGCGAUGGGAGUGAGCUGCUCCUGCUUGUGCCCGCAGCGGCACCCGUUGUCGGCAGCGUGGUGCUGCCGAUCCUCGGGGCAGUCCCCGACGGCAUGAUGGUGCUUUUCUCGGGGCUGGGCCCGGAUGCGCAGAACCAGGUUAGCGUUGGUGUGGGCGCCCUCGCCGGCAGCACGGUGAUGCUGCUGACGCUGCCUUGGUUCUUGGCAGUGCUUGCCGGCCGAGUGUCACUGAAGGACGGCAAGCCAACUUACCAGCGCCCCUCUGGUGCUGAUCCGGCGACCUGGGAGAAGCUGUCCCCGCCCGGGAACAUGUCCCUUAUCCAUACUGGCGUGGGCUAUGGCCCGGAGAUCAUCCAGAACGCCUACACCAUGCUCUACACCAUGGUCGGGUACAUCAUCAUCCAGGGCUCGGCAUUUAUGGUCGACAAGAUGCCGAAGCCGCUGGACAACCUGGAGAAGGAAAAGAAGAUGCAGCUGCGGGAGGCCGAGUACGAGAACCUCUUCGCGCUGCUGGGGCUCUUCGUCUGUGUGGCUUUCUUCCUGUGGUAUCUUUGGAAGAUGUGGUCGGAGUCGCAGGGCGGAGCUGUCAGCGACGCCAUUGCCGAGAGCACCAUUCAGGCAAUGCGUGACGGCACGCUCACGCUGCGCGGAGCCAUGGCCUCCUUCCGAGAUAAGCAGUGGAGCAACAUGUGCAAGAAGGGCGACCUCACGGAGGUGCUGCUGAACAAGGAGUCGAUGGACGAAGUUCGGCGCAUGUGCAAGGUCCUAGCGCCCUUCUUCGCCAUGUACGAUGCCAAUGGUGAUAACGCUAUAGAUUUCGAGGAGUUCCGAAUGAUCUUCAAGGAUGUGGGCGAGAACCUUUCCAGAGAAGCGCAGUAUGCAAUGUUCGAUGCGGCGGACACGAACAAGAGCGGCGACAUCAGCUUCGAGGAGUUCGUUGCUUGCCUCAUGUCCUUCGCCCUGGACCCCAACACCGACCUCCAGGAGACAAAGAAGCCAAAGUACGCGGUCAACCCAAACAAGUACCUGGAAGACGGUGAGGGGAGUGCUGAGGGCGAGGAUGACGAGGAGGAGGAUGUGCCGGAGGAUUUGGCAGACCUGGAUCCGGAAGAGCAGCAAAAGCGGAUCAAGAUCCGCGCUGCUUACCAGAUGGCUCUCGGGACCCUUCUUGUCCUGGUCUUCUCCGACCCCAUGGUCGACCUUCUAGCCGAGAUAGGAAAGCGGCUAAACGUGUCAGCGUUCUACAUCUCGUUUGUUCUGGCGCCUCUGGCGUCCAAUGCGAGCGAGCUGGUAGCUGCGUACAACUAUGCCAAGAAGAGGACAUGUAAGUCCAUCACCACAUCGCUCAGCACCCUCGAGGGGGCGGCAGUCAUGAACAACACCUUCUGCCUGGGUAUCUUCCUGGGCUUGGUGUAG